AUGGAUUCCAGACCACUUCGGAGCAUUAGGAAGGUCUUGGUGGCCAAUCGUGGCGAGAUUGCUGUCCGGUGCAUCAAGGCCUGUCGUGAGCUCGGUGUCCACAGUGUUGCCAUCUAUACAGAUGCCGACACAACCUCACUACAUGCCUCUUUGGCGGACGAGGCGACUGCGCUGCAUGGUAAUGACACUUACACGGAUGGCGACGCCAUUUUGGAAAUCUGCAGACGCACCGGAGCCGAUGCUGUCUUCCCUGGAUAUGGCUUCCUCAGCGAGAAUGCCGAGUUCGCCGAUGCCGUCACGACCGCGGGCAAGGUCUUCAUUGGCCCUUCGUCGGCUUCUAUCAAGGCCAUGGGUCUCAAGCAUGAAGCGAGGGGCAUUGCAGAAGUCGUCAAAGUUCCCGUCAUCCCCGGAACUUCGUUGAUCCCAUCGACGAACGAAGCCAUAGAGUGGGCCAAGAAGCUUGGUUUUCCGGUCAUGCUAAAAGCCACUGGAGGAGGUGGCGGUAUGGGCCUACAGAUAUGCUACGACGUCGACGAUAUCCCGAAAGCAUUCGCCGCGGUUGAGAGUCGGGCAGGCGCUCUCUUCAAGAACAGCGGCGUUUUCUUGGAAAAGUACUACCCCCGGUCCCGACACAUCGAGGUGCAAGUCUUUGGAAACGGCGAGGAUGUCGUCGCAUUCGGUGAGAGGGAAUGUUCUCUCCAGCGACGUCACCAGAAAGUGAUUGAAGAGUGCCCCAGCCCUUUUGUGGAGCGGACGCCAGGCCUCCGCGAAAAGAUGCUUCAGGCGGCAGUCAAAUAUGCCUCCCAACUCAAGUACAAGAGUGCUGGCACCGUUGAGUUUUUGGUCGACGAUGAAACGGCCGAUUUCUUCUUUCUCGAGAUGAACACGCGUCUCCAAGUCGAACAUGGGAUCACUGAGAUGUGUCAUGGCGUUGAUUUGGUUCACCUGAUGCUUCAUCAAGCCGACUACGAGCGUAGCGGUCAGCUCGGCAUUCCCUCGCAAGAGUUACGAAGUCUUCCGCAAGCAAAGCCAAACGGUGCGGCCAUCGAGGUUCGAGUGUAUGCUGAAGUGCCUCUGCUCGAUUUUGCUCCCAGCCCGGGUCUUCUGCAACAUGUCAGCUGGCCCCAAGGCGAUGGCAUCCGUAUAGAUACGUGGGUACAGAGCGGGCAGCAGAUCACGCCACUUUACGACCCUCUAAUCGCCAAGAUAAUGGUACACAGCAGCCACGGUCGAGCCGAUGCGCAGAGAAAGAUGCUCGCCGCCUUGGACCAAACAGCUUUGCAAGGCACACAGACGAACCUGCAUUACCUGUCGCAGGUGCUACGUUCUGAUGGGUUCACCAAAGGUGACACAUUCACCUCUCUUCUGUCCACUUUCACGGCCGAGGUGUGCGCUGUACAAGUCCUCAACCCUGGAAUCUUCACUACGAUCCAGGAUUACCCUGGGCGACCAACAAUAGGACACGGCGUGCCUCCUGGCGGGCCAAUGGAUGAUUUAAGCAGUCGAGCAGCAAACAUUCUCGUCGGCAAUGACCCUCGGGUCGAGGUCCUCGAGAUAGCCAUGUCUGGCCCGGAACUCCUAUUCCAUAAAUCAGCCGUCGUGGCCGUAUGUGGUGCCCAAGCGCCUCUCAGUGUUGACGGCAAGGACCUGCCGAUGUGGUCCAGAAUUAUUGUGAUGCAGGGACAAAAGCUCAAGGUUGGCGACGUCACUGGCGACGGUCUACGGACGUACCUUGCAAUCAAAGGCGGCUUCCCGGACGUACCUCUCUACCUCGGUUCCAAGUCAACAGCACCAGAGCUCGUCUUUGGCGGUCUUCAGGGACGCAAGCUGCAGAUCAAUGAUAUCCUCGCGCUUGCCCCGGAGUCAGCCGAAUGGGCAGCCGCAGCUACACACUUUUCGUUACCACGGAAGGCUGUUCCCGACUACAAAUAUUCGGAGAUAUGCUGCCUAAAUGGUCCUUACGGCUCAGAAGACAUUCUUACUGCCGAGGGCAUGGCGGCAAUUACCAAUUCCAAAUGGACCGUCAGCCAUAACAGCAGCCGCAGCGGCAUUCGACUGGAGGGGCCGCGGCUGAAAUGGGCACGCACCAGCGGUGGGGGAGGCGGAUCGCAUCCGUCAAACGUCUUUGACUACGGUUAUCCGAACGGCGGUGUCAACUGGACCGGAGAAUAUCCAAUCAUUUUCUCCCGCGACCGGCCGGACCUGGGCGGGUUUGCCUGCCCUGUCACCAUCUGCUCGGCCGAGAUGUGGAAAGUUGGUCAACUAAAGCCGGGCGAUGGAGUCCGGUUGCGACUUGUGUCCUUUGAUGAUGCCAUGAGGAUCAAAAACACCAACGAGUCAUACUUGAAGUCUUUGGGUGCUCUUGUGGAUGGUAAAGAGACGGAAGUUUUGCCGCUCAAGAUGGAAUUCGGCUUCCGGACCACGACUUCAAUAUUGCACAUGGCCAAGCCCAACGGCGAUCAUCCCCGCGUCACUUACAGGCAAGGUGGCGAUACGUCCAUCAUUGUAGAGUAUGGCCAUCAAGUCGCGGAUUUGCGCAACACUGUCUGCGUUCAUAUUCUCGAGGAAAAGCUUGCCGCGCGGGAUCUUGCGAGUGCACGCUGCGAGCCGAACCUUGCGACACUCACAGUGCAUUACGACCCGCUUCUGAUAUCUCAGUCCGAGCUGCUGCAGAGUCUGGUUGAAGAGGACGAGAGCAUCGAAGAGAUUGUCGGCAUCAAAGUGCCCGUUCGCGAAGUCAACCUGCCGCUGUAUGUAGACCACCCCACCAUCACUGAAGCGACGGAACGAUACAUGGAAAGCGUCCGCCCCACUGCCGCCUACCUCCCGGAUAACGUCGAGUAUUUGCGGAAGAACAACGCGUUGGAAACUCGCCGCGAUGUAUUUGACUCGCUGCUGAAGACGCCCUGGCUCACAGUCGCCGUCGGCUUCUUCCUCGGAACCCCAGUCAUGUUCCCGCUCGACCCUAAAUACGUGUUCACGGGGCAGAAGUACAACCCCAACCGUGCAUACACCCCGAGCGGCUCAGUCGCCCUCGGUGGCUCUCUACUGGUCGUAUAUCCUGUGGCAUCGCCAGGGGGCUACCAGCUCAUGGGCCGCACGUUGGGUACAUGGGACAUGAUGGGCACACGACCCGGUUUCUCCCCGGCGCGACCUUGGUUGUUCAAUCACUUCGACAUUGUCAGGUUCCACGAGGUCUCCAGGGAGGAUUUCGACCAAGUAGAGCGCGACUUUGAGGCCGGUAGAUAUGUAUUUGACAUUUCCGACGCGGCCAUCAGCAUGGACGAUUACAUUGCCAAGUUCGACGCCGCAGCCCGUGAUCCCGCGCAUCAUGAAUGGUGCCAGCGCCAGAUCGCCGCGGCCAAGGAGAUGGGAGAACUCGAACAGCAGCUUUUUGGAGAAUGGACUGCCGCCAAGGCUGCGGAUCUGUUGAAACAAAGCGAAGGCGACGGGGACGGAGCAUCAGCAGACGCUGUGGCCAUCGAGUCGCCCAUGAAUGCCAACGUUUGGAAAGUCCUGGUUGAAGUCGGGCAAAUGCUUGAAGAAAAACAGACGGUGGCGAUCUUGGAGGCGAUGAAGAUGGAGAUCAAGGUGACUGUUCCCGAUUCCCAUGUGGGAGUGGUUGUGACGAAGAUUGCAAAACCACCCGGGAGUGUCGUCAGCCCCGGAAUGCCAAUUGUAAUGGGCAAGAAAGCUGCUUAG